GGCGAGUAACACUAACCUGAAGGUCAGAGCGUGUGGUCUGUUAUCGAUUGGUUUUGUCUGCAGUCAGAACUCGCGGGACAGUUGAGUGUGUGGCAAAAUAUUCCGCAAGUCUCGUCAGGUUAGAAACAAAGGUCAAAACACAACUUUUGAGCGUAAACUUCUCUCCUGGUUUGCAGGAUGUCAGAGGAGAUUCACCCUAACGAAGAUAAAGAGACCUUGAGAAGACGAUUGGAGCAGCUGAAGCAAGAGUAUGAGAAGACCGCACAGAGACUGCAGAGAGCAGAGCGCCAUGAUGCCAUUCUCAGACUUACACAGAAUAACUCUCCACACACAUUUUCUGUGUCUUCAUCCAUGCCAACAUCAGAAUAUUCAGAAAACCAUGAGAAUCUGCAAUUACAAACCAGCCUAGUUGCAGAAAGAAACAGCUCUGGUAUUUCCGCUGUACCAAAAAUCCCUGCAGUCCAAUUGGAUUUUAUCGAGAUUAUGUCCACACCGCCGUUGUACUCCCCAGUAUGCAAACGAAGCCCUGCCCACCGCCUGCGUUCUAAGCGUAGUCGACUGCGUCUACGGAACAAAGAGCGAGAAUCAGACAGUGAAAUCAGCCAAGAAAAAGAAAGGGAUGGAAGUGGAGACUGUAUUUGUGAAAAGGUGGACACCGAAAUAAAGGAGGGUAGUGAAUGGACUGAAAACAAGAACAGUCUAAAAGGAAUAAGAAAAUAUGGUAAAAUGGAAGACGAGGACAGUGAAAAGAAAAAAGAAAGAGAAAUUGAGAAGAUGUCGGCUGAGAGGGAGAAGAACCAGGACAGGUCAAUUGGAAUAAGAAAAGUUGGUAAAAUUUCUAAGCCAUCACAAGAACUGGAUAAUGAUUGUGCAUUAAACUGCUCUAUGAGCCAGUCAGAUAACAAACUGUCAAUAGUUUCAAGUGAAGAAAAUCAGAACUCUCACCGUAGCCAGAAAAAGGUUAACGCUGAGCAAAAAUCACACUCAGGUUUAGCUGUGUCUAUCCAAACCUCAUCUUUCCCUCAGUCUUCCGAGGGAGUACAGAUUACUGACAAAUCACAAGAGAUGCUUGAACAAACUAACCAGCUGCUAAAAGACUCAAAUAAAGGUUAUGAUGACAUGAUAGACAUUAAAUCUGGUUUUCUGGACUCUUGCACGCUGGUUGAGGGUUUACCGUUUCCCGUGGAGUAUUAUAUCCGGACGACAAGGCGCAUGGCUGCAUCUCACAGCUCUGUCGAUUUAGAUGCUGUCAUAUACAGCCAGCUCACUGGGGGGCGGGGCAGACGCAGGCUCAGCCAAUCGCAAACGAGUGGUAGAGGUCACAUGACCACGGAGCAUUCAGUCUGCAGGUCCACUGACCAGACCAGACGUGGAAGAAAAGGUCAGAGAGGGAGAAGAGGCCGUCCGAGAAGCACUGCUUCAUGUGCCAAAGCUGAUCCUGAUUGUACAAUAUCACAUUCCCCAAGUAAAUCUCAAGCAGAAUCAAAGUCCACGUCUCACACUGAAUCACCCAGUCAAUCAGUAUUGGUCCUUGACAGGCUAGAGUCUCAGGAAGUCUGUUCUCCUGGGCCCACAGUGAGUUUAAAGCCAAGUCCAGAGCAAGGAGUUACUCAGGAUUUUACGCAUCUACCAGAUUCUCAGCUUUGCUUUGAUUCCCAACUCCUCCCGGAUUCAAAUGUGUUCCCUAUUUUCAGAAGAAAACACGGCCAAUCUGGAAAAGCAUCUCAGACAGAUCAGUCACCUGUUCUGCCAUCAUUAGCUUCACUCAUUCAGGCUCUUCAAGAAAAGGGUAAGAAAAAUGGACUGCUGGCGGCACUUGAUUUCCAGGAUUUCCACCUGCCUGAUGAGGAUUUUGGACAACAAAAAUUAGAAAGAUUGCGCUUGUCAUCUUCAGUCGUAGAGCCCUUCGUACAGCAUCCUCUUGUGUACAAUACACGGCAGAGCAGCAGGCGCCAGAGAAUGAGUGGGAGAAAGAGUAAUUGUGAAGCACAUUACUCAGCGGGUGAACUAUUUACUCCAGAAGCCCUAACUACCUCUUCUCUUGAGGAUAGUUUACCUCUUUGUCAGUCAGACCCUGCUGACCAGUCACAGACAGAGAUAGAAAAGGACCUCAACGCUGUAAAUGAAAUAAAGACCCUCUCCUCAGAAGUUAUGGACAGUAUACAGAUGAUCAAACCUGAACCAGACGGAAGCAUAAAUAAUGAGAGAAAAGUUGAGGCCCCACUUAAAUCCUCAGAAACUGAAAACAUUAAUGAGAUUCAGGCGCAAACAAAGAUGCAAAAACAAUCUCACAUGCUCCUGGAGAACAGCUCGCUUUGCCCUGUGGUACUUAGUUUGAGCCCAUCUCUGACUUCACAUACACAGAAAGGUCAAGAUCCUGUCCUUCCAUCUUUGGGAAUGUCCCCUCACUUUUUGACUCCAGGUUCACCAUUAGACCUCCGGUCACCUCUGUUUUCUUCCUCUGGUAUCCUUAGGUCUCCCUCCUCAGUUCCACUUAUGGGAUUUGUGUCUCCAGAAUCAGUCUCAGUUAAAACAGGGGACAUCAGAAAUCAGGGAGGUUCAGAAUCACAAAAUCAAACUCAAAUAAGUCAAGAAACAGUAACAGAAGUUCAGAAUACUGUGAAACCACAUAUGCCAUCCCAAAACAACACUACACUGGGAUAUGAAAACUUAAGUGUCCUGCAAAUGGAAUCCUCAAUCAUCUCAGAAAAUGAAAAGAAACGUGAAUGCAGUCUUGAUACGGAAAGCAAUCUUGAAUGUGGAAAUAAGAUCAAUUGCACGCCAGAAAAUGAACUUCAACUCCUCAACAUUCCUGAACCAGUGAUUUUUAAAACUGUCUUUGAGUCUGAAAUCCAAACCAAGAACAGUUCUGAAAUGGACAUUGAAACCUAUAAAUGCUCUGAGCUUGGGUCUGAAACCCAAAGUAUGGGGUUAAACCAAAAUGCGAAAUCUGGAGCUGUAGGUCAAACUCCUGUUGAGACGACCUCUUUGGACACUUCCACCUAUCAGAGAACAGAAAGAAGGACUGGUUUUGACAACAACAGUUCUCAGUUAGUGGAGCGUAACACUGUUCCAUCCAACAACCAGAAAUUAGUGCAUGAGGAAUCCCUAACUGGCACUUCAUUUACUGAUGAAGUUCAUUGUUCUGCAAUCCUGCAGGAAAUGCACACUUUUAAGGCGCUGGAGGGUGGAUGUGUGUUAGAUUUGUGUUUGGUGCGAUGGCCAUCGGAGGACUGGUGCAUAUGUGUGGCAGGAGAAUGGAGCGUUUGCCUUUGGGCUCAGAUGAAGGAAAUUCAGUCAUGGUGUCUUUUACAAACCUGGACAUUUGCACAGUCCGUGAUGUCUUUGGAAGGGAUACCAGACUCUUCAGGACUGCUUUGUGUCACUCUGGGUCACUUGGAAAUCACAGAGGCAAGGAUCCUUUGCUGUCCAAGUACGGAUGGGCCAUUCUCUCAGAACGCUGUGUGCAAGGACACGUUACAAGCAGUGCUGGGUGUGUCUAACUGUCGGCUUGUGUGUUGCUCCUCCCCUGGAGAUCAACAAAGAGUCAGUGUGCUAACAGUAACUCAAGAUGGAAGGGUAAAGAACACUCUUCUCCUGGCCUCUGCUAAACAGAACAUUCGGACCCUUGCAGCUGUCGAGGGUGAAAAAGAUGCUCUGAUUGGUUGGACAGAAUGUAAAACUCUCCUUAUAUGGAACAUGAAAACAUGCCAGCUGCUGCAGACUAUAUACCUGGAAAAGACUUUAACCAUGACAAACUGCAUGAAGGGAUAUUGUUACAGAGGGGUGCUGUGUGUGUUGCUUCAGAAUGCAGGAAAUGUGUGUGAUGAUGAGAGUAACGCAUCUCUUUUCACACUGAUUGCCACAAACCCUCUCACUGGCAAACAUAUCACACUAACCUCUAUCAACUGUCCUGAUCAACACAAACAGCAGUUAAUAGAUGGUGAUGUCUUGGGCACCGGGCUUGUUGGUGUUUUUCAGUCUGGUUAUCUUGCUGUUUGGGAUCUCAGAGGAGCCGUGGUUAAAGUUGUUGGUGUGCUGGAUGAGUUGUGUCGACUAGCCCGCUGGGCAGGGCCAGAUAUGCUGCUGACUGGAUAUCUGAAUGGAGAUGUUAGUGUGUUUCAUUAUAAAUCUACAUAAACACAUCAUACAUCUCUAUUCAGCACAAUGCAUGCCAAAUGACUUGUACUACUUGUUAAUAAAACAAAAAUAUAUUGAUUAGUGCCAUUGUUAAAAAAAUGAAAAAUGUUACAUUAUUACACAAGCUGUUUGCUGAUUACAGUUAAUAUAAUCAAAACCAGAGAAAUAUUUGUACUGUUCAAAUGUGACACUGUAUGUAAAAUACAUUUUACUAAAUAAAACAUAAAUGACUUAAA